GUGCGCCCUUGCCCCGCCCUGGUUAGUGUGAAGCCUGCUGGCCAGGCCUGCGCAGUUGCGGCGGCCGGGGAAGAUGGUGGAGGACGGCGCGGAGGAGCUGGAGGACUUGGUGCAUUUCUCCGUGUCGGAGUUGCCUAGUCGCGGCUACGGCGUCAUGGAGGAGAUCCGGCGGCAGGGCAAGCUAUGCGACGUGACGCUAAAGAUCGGGGACCACAAAUUCAGUGCUCACCGGAUCGUCUUAGCGGCCUCCAUCCCGUACUUCCACGCUAUGUUUACGAAUGACAUGAUGGAGUGCAAGCAGGACGAGAUUGUAAUGCAGGGGAUGGACCCAAGCGCCCUGGAGGCUCUCAUCAACUUCGCUUAUAACGGCAACCUCGCUAUCGACCAGCAAAACGUGCAGUCGCUGCUGAUGGGGGCGAGCUUCCUGCAGCUGCAGAGCAUCAAGGAUGCUUGCUGCACAUUCCUCCGAGAAAGGCUUCAUCCCAAAAAUUGCCUGGGUGUGCGCCAGUUUGCCGAGACGAUGAUGUGCGCUGUGCUGUAUGAUGCGGCCAACAGCUUCAUCCACCAGCACUUCGUAGAGGUGUCUCUGUCCGAAGAGUUCCUGGCCCUGCCCUUGGAGGACGUGCUUGAGCUGGUAUCUCGGGAUGAGCUGAACGUGAAAUCAGAGGAGCAGGUUUUUGAAGCUGCACUGGCCUGGGUCAGGUAUGACCGGGAGCAGAGGGGUCCAUGCCUGCCCGAACUGCUGUCCAAUAUCCGCCUGCCUCUAUGCCGGCCCCAGUUUUUAUCAGACCGAGUGCAACAAGAUGACCUGGUACGGUGCUGUCACAAAUGCAGGGACCUGGUAGAUGAAGCAAAGGACUAUCACCUGAUGCCAGAGCGCCGGCCCCACCUGCCAGCUUUCAGGACUCGGCCUCGAUGCUGCACAUCCAUCGCUGGCCUCAUCUAUGCCGUGGGGGGCCUCAACUCAGCAGCAAAUUUUUAUGCAGGUGAUUCCCUGAAUGUGGUGGAAGUGUUCGACCCUAUCGCCAAUCGCUGGGAAAAGUGCCAUCCCAUGACGACAGCCCGAAGCCGUGUGGGUGUGGCUGUGGUGAACGGGCUUCUCUACGCUAUCGGGGGAUAUGAUGGCCAGUUGCGGCUGAGCACCGUGGAGGCCUACAAUCCUGAGACAGACACAUGGACCCGAGUGGGGAGCAUGAACAGCAAGCGAAGUGCCAUGGGGACAGUCGUGCUGGAUGGACAGAUCUACGUGUGUGGAGGCUAUGACGGCAACUCCUCCCUCAACUCUGUGGAGACCUACUCCCCGGAGACGGACAAGUGGACCGUGGUGACUCCGAUGAGCUCAAGCCGGAGUGCUGCCGGGGUCACAGUCUUCGAGGGCAGGAUAUAUGUGUCAGGAGGCCACGAUGGCUUGCAGAUCUUCAGCACUGUGGAACACUACAACCACCACACGGCCACCUGGCACCCGGCAGCCAGCAUGCUCAACAAGCGCUGCCGACACGGGGCCGCCUCCCUGGGAAGCAAGAUGUUUGUUUGUGGGGGCUAUGACGGCUCUGGCUUCCUCAGUAUUGCUGAGAUGUACAGCUCUGUGGCAGACCAGUGGUGUCUCAUAGUACCCAUGCACACACGCCGGAGUCGGGUCUCCCUCGUGGCCAGCUGCGGGCGCCUCUAUGCAGUGGGAGGGUAUGACGGACAGUCAAACCUAAGCUCUGUGGAGAUGUACGACCCAGAGACGGACCGCUGGACAUUUAUGGCCCCCAUGGCAUGCCAUGAGGGAGGGGUCGGUGUGGGCUGCAUCCCUCUUCUCACCAUCUGAGGAGAGGAUGGGAUGUGGUGGGCUAGGGAUCUGGUACAAGCACGGGCGCGUCCUUCCAGGGGAAAGUCCUCUCAGACGAGGCAGUGGCGGCAGAAGACGGGGUAUAAUGUGAGCUUGCCAGAGGGACAGUUUUUCCAGGUGCUUAAGUCCUCUCUCACUGUGCUGCCCUUGUGACCUUAUUAUAUUCUAAUAUAAUAUUAGGUUGUCAAGAUGCACACAGCACAGGACAGGAGUCCCUCUGGGUCCCGCAGCCAGGAACACGGAAGUGCUUUGCCAGUCCGUGUCCACAGGCUCCAAGCCCAGCCAGCACCCACUGCGGUGCUGGCCCAGCUCCCACAGCCACAGAGCUGUGAGCGCUCGUGUGCAGGAGGUCUUCCAGCCGAUGCUUCUCCUUUCCUGCUGGUCCGCAGCCCUGUUGUGGCCAGUUUGCCAUGGGAAACUGCAGUAUCCAAGCAGUUUGGGAAGUGUGGGGGAAAGCUGGGGGAGAAGGGACACCCUGGCGUCCUCGCUGCCUGUGGUACUGCAGCUGCGUGUGCACAGGCUCUCCCUCCCACCAUGGGCACAGAGGACUUGGUCCCUGUCACCAGCAAGCAGGGAGAAUGAAAGUCUUCUCCGUGCCUGAUUUUUUUGGGGAUCCAGUGAGGUCUUUCUCCACUUGUCCUGGAGACACAGGAGGGGAAUAGAGAUACUCAAAAGAAACGGGAGGAAAUGUAAACAAGAAGAUGUCGGCGAGAAACUGGAAGGAAAAGACUCGAAGUGAACAUAUUUCACAGAAAGAAAACUUAAAAGAUACUAAAUGUAUGUUUAAAUGGAAGGCCAUCAAACAUGACAGCAAUGGUAUCCAUUCCCAUGAUCGGAUCCCAGGGUCGCGAGUCCUCCUAAAGCAGUUGGGGUUCCCUCUGAGCCCCACAGUGUGUCUGGAAUCAGGACACUCUUGACUGACCUGUAGCAAGGUGCUCACGGGGUUUGGUCUCCUCACCCACCGUCAGAGGACCUUUUCAAUCAUAGGCUUUAGGGAGCCGGUUGAAUUACUGCCACUGACCUCUCUCUACCCGAGCUCCCAGCUGUCACCCCAUGGUCACCUCCCGCCACCACCCAGCGCUCCCACAGAUCCCCAGUCCCACAUACAUCCCUUCCCUCUUUGGCCAGCAGAAAACAACAUGUCUGCCCGGUUCGCACUUCCCCAUCCCCAUCCUUGAAUAACUCUUCCUCAUCGCGCGAUGCUUCUGGAGCACAUUGACCAUUUGUACCUCUGGGACCUAACCAGGGCCUUGCUCAUGACAGCCAUGGACCAGCUUGGUCAGGUGACUUGUCUGCCCUGCCAUUUCCCUAUUUUCCAUCCAUUUGCCAACCUUGGGUGUCCACUUCCUCUCCAGCCCUCGGCAGACUAACCAGCAAGAUGGGCCUUUACAUUCAAGCUACGAACGCUGGCGUCAUGAUAUAAAGGCCUACAGACUAAGACUAAGAAAUGUCUUUUGCUGCUGCAAGGAAGAGAUUUUCUAUUUCUUCCUCUAAUCUUGGCAAAUGACCUCUUGAAGAGACUCAAUGCUCCUCCUUCCUCUGGAUGGGACCUUACCAUAGCACAGAAGGACCCAGAGAGGAGACUGUCUAUUACUAGUGCACUGGGCAGUGGGGCAGUCCGUCAACUGCUGCUGCCAAAAUCUGUUUUCCUAAAAUUCUUCCAGUAGAGAGGAGAAGACUAUAAUUGUUUUUAACCCCAAACUGGGUCUUAGGGUCAGUUCCACUGUCCACCUGACUGGUUCCUCGCCCUUUGCUGCCCACCUGGAUCGGCCCAGAAUGCGGUUCAGAAAGGCGCGAUGUGAAGCCUUUGGGGAUCCUUCCCCGGGCCAUCAGGUUUACCAGUGUGUGCAAUUGCCAUAGAUUCAGAAGGAUUUUUGUUCCCUGCAAUGUAAAGAGCUGGGCCUCAGCUAUAAGCACUUGAAAAUAAUGUUUUUAAAAGACUGAGCAAUCUGAUAACUGAUCAAUUUUCACUAGGCUCCCAGUGGAGCACCAGCAUUUCUUCCUGCCCCUCAGUUUGCCUGCUGAGGUAGACUCUGGGGGACUAUGGGUCUUGGUUUCCUCUUAGUCCUGUUAGGAGGAGUGUAUCCAUGCUCUUCUUACUAAGUCCUUCUGUGAAUGUACUGCCCAGCCUCGACUGUGAAGGUGCUGAGGACCAGCCAGUGGGUUCCCACGUGGGUCUCCUGGGUCCUCGUGAUGCUAGCAGACUGCAUCCCUAGAGAUGAUACAUCAUCUCCCCCGGGGCCUGCUGCUGUCGGAUUAGCCUUCCUGCAUCCACUCUGCUCUCCUAGUGUAGAGGUUACAGGGAGACAGUGUUUCCAUCUCGGCUCUGAGCACAGCUGAGCAAACAGGAACAUUUGUAUACUCCCCUGUCUGAGGCAGACAGCUGAUCUGUCUCAUUAGUGUUAGUAGGAUCACCCAAGGACACUGGAAAGAACGUAACAGGAGGUGGGUCCGCCAACGUCCUUCCUCAUCUCCUCUCUCUCUCUGGGCUUCCCCAGAGAUCACAAGCAGACCAGAGCACAAGACCAGCCUCUGAUGGAACUAAGUAGGAAUCCUGACCUCCUUCACCCACAGCUGUUUCACAGGAAACUUUUUAUUUAUAGGACGCAUGUCUUUUGUGUUAAGAAACCAAAGAGAAAUAAAGAGAACACUCCUAAUAUUCU